CCUGACGCUGGGGAAGCGUCACGUUGCCAUUAUUUUGAGCCGUCGGGAUUAUUCAGAAAGUCUCACAGUUGAUAUUCAUCAUUUGUCAUCAUUGAAAUAAGUCGUAGUAGUUGAUAGUCGUGUGAAACAGUAAAUUCGAGAAUGAGUUUAACACCGAAGACUUUUAAGGAAAAGCGUCCCCUUGGUGGGUAAUAAUAACGAAAUAUCAUAUUUAUUUUGAGUUAUUACUUGACAUAUAUGAGGGAUGCGAAAUAAUAAGUUUAAAAGGUUCUGGAGGGCACAGCGCAUGGCAGAUGUGGAAUUAAUAAGAGAACAAUAUCCAAAUAAGAUUCCUGUAAUAGUUGAACGAUAUUAUGGGGAGAAACAAUUGCCACUGAUGGACAAGUCUAAGUUUCUGAUACCUGAUCACUUGACAGUUGCGGAACUGAUCAAAAUCAUUAGACGCAGGCUACAGCUUCAUCCGACCCAGGCCUUUUUUCUGUUGGUGAACCAAAGAAGUAUGGCUAGUGGUAGUAUGACUAUGUCACAAUUGUAUCAAAGGGAAAAAGAUCCUGAUGGUUUUCUCUACAUUGUGUUUGCUAGUCAAGAAGUGUUUGGCCAUCAGAGUGCAUAGAUUUUUUGCUAUAGAUAUGUGUGAUACAGUUACGAUCAAAUACUACUCUACGCCGGACAUACUAUUGAAUCUUAGUAACAUCAUGGAUUUGCUAAUACAUGAAUUGUAGAUACGACCAUUAAUGUCUAUCUACCAUUAAUUAAUCGUAUAUAACUUUAGUAUACUAUGAAUAUAUAGUAAUACCAAAAUAAUCGACGAAUGAACAAGAAAAAACUGUUAUGCAUAAAAUCCUUGUGGUGUUUUCGAUAUUCAAUGUAUGUAACAUAUAUAUCUUAGUAUAAGUUACAUAAAAAGAUGGGUAUGUUUACUAGAGAUAGCAUUCAUAUUAAUUCACAAGUACUAUUAACUUGUAUUAUUGAUCUUAUUGAUAAACUGUUUGACUGGAGAUGACAUUUUUUAUAAUGAUGAAAACAAGUGCAGUUUUCUUAUUUUUAUGAAUAUUAAAAAUUAUCUUGAUGAUAUAGCACAAUAUUAGAAGGCUGAUUGAUCUUGGAAUGCAUUCUUGAACUUUUUGUCUUAUUGUUAACAAUGUUUCUUUAUUGUUUUCAUAUCUAUCUACGAGCCUUCAUGAGGAUGCAGGAUACAUUAUUAAAUAGUUUCAUAAAAAAUUAUUAAAGUGUACAAUAAAACUCAAGAUCACAAAGUGCAAUGUACAAAAGCUUUCUUCUAUAAAUCGGUCUCUGCAGUCAUAAUCGCCUGACAAUUUAAUGAAACACGCGCAUUCUCUGAACAAUAAUUAUCAAAUCGUAAAAAACAACUCUAAAUUAUUUCCAAUCUUCACAUAAGUAUUUAGCAAAAGUGUUCAUGUAUAUAUUCGUGAGCGUACCUAUCGAAAGUACUUCAAAUUCAAUUGUAGUAGAUAGGAUUGAUGUAAUAACAAAAAUCGAUACGUGUCUAUCAAUAUGAUCUUUUUUAGACUAACAAUCGUGUGAUCAUUUAUGAUUUUUUUUUUCAAAAGUUGAACGUGGAACUUCGCUACAUAAUAUUAAUCACAGUGAUAGUGCCUUGUGUUACUGCUUGGUAGAUAUGUUGAAAAGAAAUUGUUACAAAAUGCACAAUUCAACUUUAAAUUUGUAUUCUAUUAAUGCUCAUGGUAUUAAGAGGAGCGUAGAAUGUCUUUCUAAAAAUAUCCAAGGAUUCUCACAUUUAUUGGAAUAAAAACUUCAAAUUUGCAAAAGUAUAUAGAUCAAAUAUUUAUAAAAAAUUCCUAAACUUUAACGGCAAUAUGUCACAACAAAUAAUUGAACAUUUUAUGUGGAACUGGAUAUACUAAUCAAAGGUAAUCUAAUUGCACUUGUAAUACUUUAGAAAGACAAUCUCAGUCGACUAAAUUAUAACAUUGUGAUAUCACAUGACAUCUCCGCAUUAAUAAUCUAGAUAGCCAAUAACGCGAUGUAUUAUAAUUAAUGAAAUUAUAUUUACGUAUUUUGUAUUGAUUAGAAUGUGACGGAGUCAAAUAGUUUUUCGGCAAUUUUCAGCCUUGACAUUAUACUUGCUGCGCUUAUUAUAGAGAUACUGAUAAUAUCAGAGAUUGUUUGACAAGAACUAGCAUUGAAAUUAUUAAUAGUGUUAAAAGAUUAGGAUUAUGAUACAUGUUUUAAACACGUUACGUUUAUAUGAAACUUUCUUCUCGCAAGGAACGAAUGAACAAAUGCCGAAUUUUUGUUAGUAGCUGGAAAAUCAUUACCAUGCGUAAAUUAGGUAAAGAAUGUUUAUUGCCAUCUGAAUGACAUGCUGGCGAGAGCCUUUGUUAACUGAAUAAUCCAUUUCACAUUUAACAGUUACACAAUGUCCUGCAUCAUAAAUUAGUUUCUUUAAAAUUCUUCUAGAAUAAUUAAUGUAACGCUAAUGCAGGCUAUGUAAUUGAAAUAUUGAAAUGUGGGUUUUCAAAUGCAUUUUUGGAAAAGAAAAAGGGUAUAGUAGACUAGAUAUACUUUCUCAAUAGGUAUAUACCAGAUCGGCUGUGUUCUACAGAUAUAACAAUAUUAUUUACAAUAAAUUGAAACUUUUAAGAU